AUGCAACCAGUCACUGCGUCUCCCGCUCGGCCACGUAUCGGGUACCGAUCCCAGACACAACCGGAAUACCAAGAAGAUCUCCAUGACCUAUCCGAUGACCUCGGCUAUGAUGGAGGUGGCAGAACCGGAGGCCGUGUCGCAGCUGUGUCCACGGCGACUAGGUUGCGAGCAUCGGCUGUGUCCGAACUGAAGGACUUCAGCGGCAAGGAACAUGACGAAGAAGCCGCCCGAGCCUGGUUGAACAAGGUUAGAACGGCCUUCGGACGGGAUCAGAUGCAGCCAGACGAGAUGUGCUUGACAUUUGCCGAUUUGAUGAUAGGCCCUGCGCGCAAUUGGUAUUACCAGCUGAGCCGCACCGCUCGCGCGUCGUGGACUAACCUGGGUGAACAGUUCCAGAUCCACUUUUGCGGUAAAGGGAUCUCCCUCGCGCGCAAGUACUACCACAUGCGGCGCGGGAGUCAGGAAGACCCACUGGAUUACUUAUACCGGCUGAAUCUGGCCGGGAUACGUGCAAACUUGAAGAUCCAUGAUGGCACCAAGGAACAACGACGUGAACACGUCGACCACUACAUCGAUACAGUCCAAGAUGGCGAUCUCACCGGAUCUCUGGUAGUGUUGAGGCUGCCUGACUCAGAAGCUCUCGAAGGCGUCCUGUUGGCCAUGCGACGCCGCCACCAACGUCGCAAGAUUGAGACCCAAGGUUCGAAAUACCGCCAAAAGGCUCCCGCCCCUGCAGCCUCCUCGAGGGCGGUGCGGGUUGUGACUACCGGUCGCGGACGCCGCGGAGAUCACGGAGAUCUCAACGAUUCCGAUAGCGAAUCUGAAGACGAAAGAGCGCACGUGUUUUCGGCAGCUAGGACGCCUACACCAGGAGAUGGUGAACAGCCAGGGGCGCGCCAAGACCAACUGGGGCGCCCGAAGUACGGCACUCGAUGCUCACACUGCGGAUCUCGCAAGCAUACAGAUCUCGGGUGCUGGAAGAGGCUCACGUGCCAGAAGUGUGGACGCAUGGGCCAUCCUACCGACAAGUGCUUCUACGUCUGCAAGUGCUGUGGAGACGUUCACGAAGUAGGUCAGUGUAAAAUCGGCGACUUCUUCGAUGCUGUUCGCCAAUGGUACAACCCGACUGGCCAUGCCGGACUGCUGCCCGAGAGCGUCGAGAAGGCGUUAAACUAG